AUGUGUUCACAGUUCCUUGCCGAAGCUGAAUACCUCUCGCUGGAUCCGUACAUGCGCAAAGUCUGUGAGAUUUCCUUUGAGUUCCUUAUGGUAAGCACACAAGUGGCAAAGACUGUCCAAUCAAAACGUACAAAUUAUCCAGUGGGCAAACGUAUAGUCGGGUACGCGGGCAGGAGAACUUAUAUUAUCAUGCAUCCCGACAGAUUAGAUAUUCUUUCGGUGGUGGGACGCGAACCUUAUCUCUUGCCAGAUUAUCCAGAUUUACCAAGCUCUGUAGCCCUGAGCAUCUUGGGACAGCCUAGCCCGGAAAAGGUGAGCGGUUAUUUUAGGGCAGUUGACUCGAUUGUCGGACAAAUAGGCAAACUUUUAGGACUUAAAAUCAUUGGUAUAGCUGGUGCCGACCGCAUUAAUUACAAAACCGACAUAAUUGCAGAUACACUCAAGGGAUAUGCCGAGAAAGGAGUUGACUGUUGCUUUGACAAUGUGGGCGAUGAAAUCUUUAGCACAGUUAUCUAUCAAAUGAACAAAUUCGGCCGAAUCGCAGUACGUGGAAGCGUAUCCUCGUACAACAGUGAUCCUACAGAUCUACCUAAAUAUACUCACGUUCAAUUGCCGAUCGUAAACAAGUAA